AUGAGUUCAACAUCGAAUUUCCAAUCAAAAACAAGUGCUCUCGAAGCAAUUAAAAACUACCGUGUAACUGAAUUACAAGCUUUACUUGAUCAUGCAAAUUUAUCGCGUCAAGGACACAAACGUGAUUUACUUCAACGUUGUAAAACACUUAUUGCAUCAAGUUAUAAUCCGCAAAUAGCAAAUAAAAUUCAACAAAUAAAUAAUACUCGAACACAUUCAUCAUCUCGAUCAAAUCAUGUAUCAUCAUCAUCAUCAUCAUCAUCCCGUGCUCAUCCAAUUGUUUUACCUAAAACUCCACCCAUUGAAGUAUUACCUCAACCAAAUCUUAUUCAAUUCACUAAUUUACCAUUUUUCGACAAAAUUCGUACUAUUGGAUGUGUAAAUAUGCCUGUUGAUUGGCAUACAUUUUCUCCGAUGCAAUUUAUAUUAAAUGAAACAGAUCUUGGUUUAAUACGAGACAAUUCAGCUAAAAUUUUUCUUCGUAUGGCUCCGACAAUUGUCUCCGAAAGACAUAAUGAUAUUUUACCACCUUAUUUAUUUGUUCAGUGCAAUAAUCAACAAGUUAUUAAUAAUAAUCUAUCAAGACAAGUUGGUUCUCAAGCACAUUCAAUAUUAUUUCCAACUGAUAUAACAGAUAAAGUUAUACUUAAAAAAAAUACAAAUAAUACAUUAAGUUUUCUAUGGGUACAAUCACCGACAACAAUGUCAUUUAAGAAUCUACCAAAAUCAUAUACAUUAGCAAUUCAUUUAGUUCAUUAUGUACCAAUAAAUACAAUAUUUGAUUUAGUUCUUAAACGAGAACCAUUUAUAAAUAAAACAGAUAAUGAUAAUGAUAGUGAUAUUGAAAUUGAAGAUUUAGGUUUAAUGACAACAAGACAACGUGUUUCAUUAAUUUGUCCAAUAACUCAAUCUUUAAUUGGCGUACCUGCUAAAUCUGCUUAUUGUUCACAUUUAACAUGUUUUGAUUUAAAAGCUUUCUUACAAAUGAAUGAACGACGUCUUCAAUGGACAUGUCCAUUGUGUAAAAAAUCAGCAUCAUUUGAAUCCUUACGUAUUGAUCAACGUUUACAAUCAAUUCUUUCAAAUGUACCAGCAAAUUGUUCAACAGUAGAAAUCGAUUCAUCUUCUGUUGGUUGUCAAUAUAUAUUUGAUACUGUUAAACAGGAAAAAAUUGAUGUAACAGAUAUAAUACAUUCAGAACGACAAAAUGGAAAUGAAUCAAUACAUGAUACUUCUCUUAGAUCUCGCCGUCAAUCUGAUGGAAGUGAUUGUAUUGUACUUUCAUCUGGUAGUGAAAGUGAAGAUGAAGAUGAAGAAAUUAAUAAUGAUGAUGAUGAUGAUGAUGAUGAUGAUUUUGAUACAAAUAAUCCUUCAAUAUUAACAUCUCCUGUACUUCAUCAUAGUAAUGGUAUUGACGAACGACAAAAUAAUAAAAUAAUUGAUCAUACAUCGCCGUCAACACUAUCUCCUAUUAUAUCACCAGUUGAUGAUGGUAAUUAUUGGGAAGAUAUAGCACAAAUAACAUGUGAUUUAUCCUCAGAUACAAGUGAAAAACUUUCUAAUCGAAAACGAACUAAUAGUUCAAGUUCAUCUGUAUUAUCAUCAGGAUCAGUAUUGUCGUCAUCAUCAUCAUCAAAAUCAAAUGAUGAUCGUCAUCGAAGAAAACGAAAUAAACGAUCAUCACCAACUAAAUCACGAACAGCUGAAAUUGAAGUUAUAACACUGUCAUCAAGUGACAAUAGUGAUAAUGAUGAUCAAUUGUCAUGA